AAGUCUGGUGGCGUCAGGAUUUUAAUCCAGUUUAGUGUGGGAGCUCCCGUCAGGUCAGGAAGGGCGGGAAAGAGCGAUCAGGCGGGCGGGCAUGGUCUUUGACUGUCCCGUCACCAGGCCCGUCUCUUGAAGUCCUGCCAAGAGAAGUGGGGAGGUGACAGAGGGAGGUCUCUUUCCAGGGCUGCCUGUCUCUUCCCCAGUGUACAGAGUGGAGCACAGAGGACAGAGGGUCAAGUCCCCAGAAAUGUCCCUCCUGGGAUGCAGGCUGCAGGCCCUGCCCCCCCUUUGCCUCUCCGUGCUGCUCCUGGCCUGCCUUCAUCCAUGACUACAGAAAGCCUGAUCCCCACCCCUGCCCCUGAGAACAGCCGCUGGGGCCUGGUCAGGGCCAGGGUGGUGGAGAUGGUGAGCCCACUGGUGACCAGGACCAGGGACAGAUGGCAGUGGUUCUGGGGCCCUGGGGCUGUCCAGGGCUUUGUACGGACCUACUAUGAAGACCAUUUGAAAGACCUGGGUCCCCGCACGCAGGCCUGGCUGCAAAGCUCCAGAGACCAUCUCCUGAACAAGACCCUCAGCCUGUGUCCCCAGCUGCUCUGCAGAGACCUGACUCAGGGUUAAAGUGCCACACACCUCCCCCCACUACCCCUCACCUCCCCCCACAUCUCCCACCUCCACACCCCCCAC